CUCAGCCGGAAGAACACGUAAAUAGUUAAAGUUGCUGCCGAUCGCGUUAAUUAUCAUAAAUCUCAACUAGACUCGCCUUAAAACUAAAGAAGUGUUGUAAAUAUCACCAGGAAUCGCAAUCGCAAUCGAUUUAUCGUGCGUUUAUUGACCGCUUAAUUUCCCGCCUUGUUUUGUUUUUGUUUUUGUUGCCAAUGGUGUGCCUGUUGCCUUCCAUUUACACUGAGAGUAAUUCAAACUGCCGAUGAUGCGGGCGAAGCGGUGGAAUUUAAUUGCAAAUAGCAUUUUAUCCUUGGCUGAUUGCGGUUUCCUUUUCGCCAUUGUUGUUGUUGUUCCUGCUGUUUUGUGCAGCAAAUAAAACCCGUUUCACCACGCCAUAGGGUGUGUGUGUGUGUGUGUGCGUGUGUUUUUGUUUGCUUGUUUGCGCGGCUUUUUUUUUUUUUGUGGACAUUGUUUUUGUUAUUAUUGGAUGCAAAUUCGACAAAAACUGCAACAUCUUUAAGGAACUCCAGAACAGACAGCAACGCAACUCAGACGAGGCAGGAGGUUGUAAGAUGUCCUUGACGAAAAAGGAUCCGUUGCUGAGAGUCGCCGCCUCGGAUCCGCAUCUCGUUUCUCUGGGCGGCGGACGACUGAGCACCGCCGUAACCAUCCACUACAUACACAUAGGUGACACGACGAUUGGAUCGGCGGCCAAUUGCAGCAUCUCGUUGAAUGGAAGUGGGGUUCGUCCGCUGCAUUGCACCAUCUACAGAAGUGAAGACAACGAGGUAACCCUGGUACCGGAAAAGGACGCCCGCUUGCUGAUCGACGGGGCACCGAUUCUGGAGGAGACCAAGCUUAGCCAGGGUGCGAUGAUCACCAUUGGCAACUCGAAUUAUCUGAGGUUCAACAAUCCAGACGAGGCACAGAUGAUGCGUUCGGCGAUGGGCUCCAACGAGAGGAUUUCGAUGCCACAGAUCGAUUUCACCCAAUCGGCAAGGCAAGCGCAUGAGCUGAGUCAAUCCCUGGAGUUGGAAUCCUUCUACGAGAGCAUUAUUAAUCCGUUAAAUAACCCAUCGAACUACGAGCUGGAGUGCCCCAAGGUAUUCUCCUCUGAUCUGGUUACAGUCAACAUGCCGGCCAAGGAUGUUUUGGGACAGAAAUACGCCAGCUUUGCCCGUAAUCUUGCCGAGAAUCAUCGCAACGAAAAGCAGCUAAACAAUCAGUUUGCCAAGGGUGUGGGCAGCAGUAGUGGUUACUGGAAUGUGCCCAGUAAUGCGGUGGUCUACAAAGAGCAGCAACACCAACAGGCUCCUCCGGAUCUACUAACAAAAGUCAAUAACGAUCGCUAUGAUCGAUAUCCCAAAGCUGGUGGCUUGCAGAUCUACUCCAUGAAUGGUGUGAAUAGCGAUAUCAAUAAUGGUCUCGUUUCCGGCAAUAACUCUAGCACUGGAGGAGCUGAACUCGAGGAUAUGCUAAAGAUAUGCACGGAGUACGCGGAUAGAAACAAUUCCAUGGCACCCAACCACAAUACUUCGAGUACAUCCAGCAUAACGUCGUCACCGAUUGUCCAGAAUCGCAUAAAGACCAAUGGUUCGUUGCCGCGGGACAAGAAUAAGUCACCAUUUCCACAGCAGACAGGAGCGGGCAGCACUGCAAAUAUUUCGCUCUUAAGCAGUUCCUCGGGCUAUGAGAAUGUGCGAUUGCUGGGACCCAAUCGUGUCGAGAUCAAUGGCCAAAUCCACGUUCCAGCCUCUGCUGGAGAAGGAAGUGGAGUCGGUAGCGGCUCAUCCAGUGGAAUUGCCAACAGUGGACUAGCUCCAACGGCAGCAGUCAGGGCCAGUCAUGAGAAUCUGAAUCAGAACAGCUCGGCAACUACUGGUGGGAAGUAUGUGCCGCAGAGUCCGAGAACCAAGAUCCGCACCAACUGCAUGUCGCCCAAAAAGGAUGUGUCCUUUGGCAAUGCCUUUGCUCUGGCCAUUAGUCCACCAGCACAAGCAUCCACCGCUGCGGUCUCCACCUCCAAACCCAUACCCAUUCCCAGCCUGGUAAAGCCACCGUUGGCACCCAAACCACCGGCACCAAAUCAGCAACGCGACUACGAGCAGCUUUUCAAAUCCUUCGAGCGAAAGCAACAGCAAUUGGAUCGCUUAGUGCCAGCCAAGCGGAGCAACAAGAACAUCAACAAUCUCACCUUGAAUCUACUGACUGUGGCGUCACAGGCACAGAUGCCAAAACCGACCAGGAAACCAGCUCCGGCACCAAGGAGCAUUCAUCUGGAGCAACGCCAACGGCGUGAACUCAUCCAACGACGCCAGCAGCUCAAGCGAGAUUUGGCUGAACUGCCGCCCUCAGCGGGAAUCGAGGGACUGGAGUUGGAAUUGGGUGAGCAGCCUUUGUCCCCCAGUGCCUCGCCGCGUCUGCAACUGCAGGCCCUGCAAAAUCGAGUUCGUCGCCUAGAGGCCCAAAGGAACGCCACACGGGUCAUGGAGGAAAAUCAGCAGGCCAAACUGAAGCAGUCAAUCGAAAUGAAGCAGGAUCAGCAAAAGAAACUGCGAGCCAUGUUGAAGCAGAAACCAAACAAUGCAUGCCUAAUAGAGGAGCUGAAUCUGGUUUGCGAAUCUUUGGAGAGCGAUAAAAAGACUUUCGAGGAUCUGGAGUUUCAGUAUUUCGAGGAGGAAUCCGAGCAUCAUGCCAGCCACGAGGAAUUCAAGAGACAAGAGCAACGUCUCACGCUGGAAGCCGAAUUGGCUGCUCUACGCAUUCAAAUUGGACCCGAUGAAGAUGAACCCGGGUCGCCCAGCUCGCCGAGAUCCACUGGCAGCAAUCUGGUCAAUGGCGUUAUGUCCCAAUCUCUGUUUGGCUCCGCCGAACUGCUCUGCCCGAAACGACGAAACGAAGAGGAUUUAAUGUCGAAGAGCGUUAACGAGAAUAUGUUUUAUAAUCAUAAAAUCGAGGCCAACACCAGCACGCCCAAGCGUCUGCCGCUACAGCUUUUCGAGGACUUGGGCGGCGGCAGCUGCGAGCAGAUCAGUUUCAAUCUUUCGCUGCAAGGUGAUCGAUUUGAGGUGAAUCCAUUGGAGCGACGUGUGCCUUCGCAGGAUGACAUCGAUCGCAGCUGCAAGGUGGCCAAUGAUGCACCCAUUUCGACCACUCAGGGGGCAAGCACCAAGAUCUUCGACAGCAUCAAGGAGAUCGAAAGGAAUCGCAAGCUUCUGCUGGCCCAGCAGGGUCAUCAGGUCAUUGAGCACGAGCGCCAGAAGAUGUACGAUCUGAAAAAGAAGAGCCACGACGAGGCCCGCACCCAGUAUUUGCUCUCCACCCAGCAAUCGAUGGAGCAGCAACAGCAACUGGAAUCGGAUGCCAACGGCGGCAAAGAUGCCAAAUUGUUCGAGAAGACGGAGAUGCAAAAGCUCAAUCAAAAGCCAGGUGACACAUUGGAUGAGCAGGUGCAAAAGACCGGUGGCGAUAAGGAAAAUAGAAAAUCAACCGGCAGUAGUCCCACAACGAUAGCAGCAACAGCAACAACUGGAACGACGUCGCAACAGCAACGCCAUUCGCAACCGGAACUGGAGCACCAUGCCAUUGCCCUGGGUAUAGGAGGAGGAAGCGGUGGUGGUGGUGGCAAUCAAAUGGUGGCCCGCAGCCCGCGUCCCCUUUCCGAGGCCAACAAUUGCGAUGCAACAAUUGAGGCACCAAAGUUUGGUAAUGGGAUGGAUUCAUCCUCGUCACCGGCCGUGGAUAACAAGCGAGCCAGUAGCAAUUCACAGGAUACGGCAUCGGCGGGCAGCGGAAGUGGGAAUAGCGGAAGUGGUGGCAGUACGGCCAGCGAAAGGAAGCGCAUCCUGCCGAAACACCAGCGCCCGCUCACCCGUUACCUGCCCAUCUUCUCGCCAGAUCUGAAUCUGCGGCAUCACAUCGAGACCGCAGGCCACCAGAUCGAUCUGUGUCCCCAUGUCUUUGUGGAUGCCCACAGUUGUCGCGGGUACCUUCAUAAGUUGGGCGCUACUUUUCAUGCCUGGUCAAGGCGUUGGUUUGUCCUGGAUCGCCAGAGAAGCGCGCUGAUUUACUACUCUGAUAAAUCAGAAAGAAAACCAAGAGGAGGCGCCUAUUUUGCAACCAUCGACGAAGUCUAUCUGGAUCAUUUGAAUGCCUCGAAGAGCGGUCGACCACAUUGCACUUUCAUUGUGAAAACGAAGAAGCGAAGCUAUAAUUUGCAGGCCGCAUCCGAUUCGGCGGCGCGUAUUUGGAUCGAUGCCAUCAUCACCGGAGCCCAGGGUAAUCUGGACUACUAAAGAGGAUUCCGCGAAGGACUACUCUACAAAACCCUUCUGCCCAGUGCACAGUCUCAGCAUUAGAUGGGAUUUAUUUAUAAUUUCUAAGCUCAAAUAACUAUUAACAGAGAAACAAAAGAAAACCAAUAGUAGCCAUGUAAGACCAAAAAACAACAAUUGCUCAACCACUUAGGGCAAGAGGAACCUAUAAACUUACUUUUGUUUGGCGAACUAACGAAAUCUGAGAUUUCAGUACUGGACCAAAGUCAAGAACGUAUUUUUUAUAGACCUGUAUUAUUAUGAAUGUACAUUUUACUUUGUCAUAUUCUGGUUAAGAACUAUUUUUCUAUCGCUAGAUUUAGAAAUGAAUGUAAAUCAAGGACAGCCCCAUGCUACUAACACCGCCAUUUAAAAUCCUAAUCAUAUGGAUUAACUUAUAGUGUUUUGACCAAUAGUUAGGGGAUCUCAGGAUUACUAAAGUGUUAAGCCAUGUUUUGCUAAGGAAAGUGAUUUUGUAAAGCCCAUGGUAGCUUGAGUAAUCUUGUGGCACCCUGCCAUUAUUGGUCAAUUAUCUAUAUGAUCGCAUAUACAUAUAUCAUAAACCCUAGACUAUAACUAUAUACAUAUACAAAUUGUAUAACGAUUUAAAUGUAACAACCAAAAUGACUCCUGAACACUUGAAGUUUCAUCGUGAAUUUACCUAUUAACUUUAUAAUAUUUGUAUGUCUAUCUAUUAUAUUUUAUAAAAAUAUACCAUAUAUUUUGAUAAAUGUAUAAUUGAAAUAAUCGGAUAAAGAGAGAUAUAUAAGGGACAAACUAUUUGCCCAUUACUACGCCUAAGACUAAAACUGAACUUUGAACGAUUUGCUCAGGCAGCUGAAAAGGAUAAUCAAAAGCAAAACAGAAACUGAGAAGCAUGAAACUAAUUAUAAACAGUAACUAUACAUAUGUUUAACAACAAAUACAACCUAGUUAAUAAAAAUAAUUGUUUUUUUUA